AUGCUGGAUAACACCAGUGAUAAAGGACAACGAACUGGACACUGCUCUGACUGUGGAUGCAGUUUCAGUCCAUCACAGUCUGACUCGGAUUCAACCAGCAGUUCUUCCUCACCCAAUCAGCAGCAGUUAAAAGCAGAUAAUCCAUCCAAAUGUCUGUCCUGUCGCUCGGGCAGCAGUCUCCCUAAUGUUCAGCGGCCACACCGUCGCAUCCACAUGGACCCUCACAGCUGCAGCCUGUGCAACAAAACCUUUAUCUCCUCAGCCCACUUGACCCUUCACCUCAAAUCUCACAACAAGGAGCGGAAGUUCAGGUGUAGCACAUGUGGCAAAUACUUUCAUCAGGCCUCCCACCUGAUGGCACACAAGAUGACCCACAGUGGAGAAAGGCCAUUUAAAUGCUCCGAUUGUGGCAAGACCUUCGGCCGUGCCUCACACCUGAACACACACCGCCGACUCCACACAGGAGAGAAGCCCUUCAAAUGCCCCUACUGUGACAAGUCAUUCACCCAGAAGGCUGGACUACUUUCACACAUUCGUCUGCACACAGGGGAGCGUUCAACCAAGUGUGAGCAGUGUGGUCAGGAUUUUGGGUCUCUGCCCCUCCUGUUAACUCACAAAGCUCAAGAGGAAUGUGGUAAGGCCAAACCUAUGUCUAAAGCAGAAGUAACCGAACCCCAGAAUACACAAGGUAGCCCAGAGGAUCUGAAGUGUGGCGUUUGCUGCCGCACCUUUGUUCGAUCAUCAUACAUCAGGCUGCACAUACGCCUCAAGAAAGGACAGCGACCUUAUCACUGCAAAGUAUGCAACAAGACCUUUGUCAAGUUGGACACCUUUGUGAACCACUGUGACAAACACCUGAGGCAGAAAAAGGAUAAAAACAAGCAAGGUAAAGCCAAGGUUGUGAAGCCUCCACUGUUUGUUCCUCUCUCCAGUCAAAGUUCUCCUCCUGAAUCCUCACCCACUCAGCCGUUGGAGGUCAACACACGCACCAGAUCAAAAGCAAAGACUAAAACUGAACAGAACGCUGAACAGGAGGUGUGCAUUCACUGACACAAAAAUGGUCUGUCAUUAAAAAAAAAAAAUGUUUCCAAAUAAGGACAAAAAGCAUAUUAGAAGUUGAAUAACAUGUUGAUUUGCUGAAUUUCAACAUUAGUUCAUCAAUUGUACAUAUAUUAAUUUAGAAUAAUAUAUUGUAAGAAAAUUCAGGCAUUACAGAAAUACAAUGUAGUGGACUUUUCUAGUGGAUUUUUUUGUUGCACCUCAGACUACAAAUACUUGAUAAAAAAACGUUUCUGUUUUUCAAGCCUGUAAACACAACACAGUCUUGUAUAAAAAAAAAAGCAUACAAAUUGAAAGUUGUGUUCAUUCUACGCUUACCCUGCUCUGAUUUCAUGGUGUGUUAAAUCACCUGGGCCUGUAGUUAUCAGGUGUACAACAUUACGACUGUAUGUCCUGCCAGAUGAGGCUCUUUUGACAGCGUUACUUUUACAUCAUGAAGGCGGAACUUCAUCACCGGCCGGCCAGCAGCAGCAGCUCACAGCUGAUACUUCACCCACCCUUAUCCUCACAGAGGAUGUGUAAGACUGAUUUUCAGUUGAUCGCCACCAUUGAUGAGACACUUUGUGAGCCUUUCACCUCCACAUGGGGAAACUCUUUGUUCCAACCUAUGGACACAAAUACAAAAAAAACACACACAAAAAAAGUCUAAGGACUCUAAAGGUAAAGUGAGGACUUUUUGGCGAUGCAUGUAUGUAACAAAGCCACACUGCAUGAAAAAAAUGGAACCACAGUGGUUAAAAAAAAGCAUUAUAGAUGAAUUAUUCAUUAAGGUUAAGGUGAAUAAAGUGAAGGUUUUAAUGUUU